UCAACAACUUCAUACCGAUAUGGCGGCCGCGGUGGAAUUUGGCGAUCAGGUUUUACAAGUGAUCGGCAAUCACGAGAAAGAUUCCUUCUCGGUCUUCCAGGAGAUGAGAAAGCUCGAUGAACUAUGUGACAUCACACUCAGAGUGAACAGAAGGGAAAUACGCGCUCAUCGAGUUGUUCUGGCAGCUUGUAGUUCGUACUUUCGUGCCAUGUUGACCACGGGGUUCCUCGAGAGCAACCUAGGCACGAUAUCUUUGCAGGAUUGCGACGAAACUGCUGUUGAACAACUUGUAGACUUUCUGUACACAUGCAAAAUGAAUCUCAACGAAUCAAACGUGGAAAAUAUUCUUGCAGUGGCGAGCUUAUUUCAAAUCCAGCUUGUCGUUCAGAAAUGUGCAGAUUUCCUGGGAACCCUUAUUAGGAUUGAAAACUGCCUCGGUAUUCAGUCGCUGGCGAUGCAGUAUUCAUUGGGAAAUCUUGAGUCUAAAGUGAGGAGUUUCAUCAGUUGGAAUUUCUUAGAAGUGUCGCGGGAGAGUGAAUUCGUAUUGAUUCCUCCUCAGCAACUCAGUAAGAUCGUGGAAAGUGAUCGCUUGCAUGUUAAGAUGGAGGAGGACGUGUUUGAGGCUGUUAUCAGGUGGUAUAAGCAUGACAGAGGAGAGAGGAUAAAACAUUCCGAGAUUUUCGAGUUAGUUCGUUUUCCUUGCAUGAGCACAGAAUAUUUGGAAAACGUUGUCUUAAAAGAUGAGCUUGUUCUUGGUGAAGAGAAUUGGAAGAAGUUCGUAGAGGGUGCCAUAACUCUUUUGACUUCUCCACGGAGUGUCAAGAAGAGGGCAGUGACGAGACGAAAAUCACCUAAUGUACUAUACCUGAUUGGUGAGUUGUCCUGCAGGAUUGAAACAUUUGACUUAGAAAGUGGAAGCUGCACGCCCGCAAGUGAUAUGGCGCAAACUGCAGGAUGCGCGGUGGCUGUCAACGAAGACCUGUAUGUUGUGCUAGGAGGGGGUACACGCAUUGAAAAAUACGACCCCAAGCUGAAUGCUUGGGUCCAAGUUGGCAAUGGGAUCAAAGAGAGCGAUUUUGAUGUAUGUGAGAGCAUGGGCUCGAUUUAUGUGGUAGGAGGUGGAAAGCGCGCCAAAAGCUUCAACAUUGCUACGCGCGCAUGGAGUAAACUUCCAAACAUGAGCAUGCGUAGAAGCUUUCACAGAGCUGUUGGACUCCUAGGAAAGGUUUACGCUAUUGGUGGAAAUACACCCCCAGGGGACAAAACUGUAGCCUCGGUUGAAUGUUAUAAUCCUGCGAGUAACCGUUGGGAAUCGGUCGAGCCUAUGAACACGGAACGCUUUCGACACGGGGUUGCUGUAGUGAGAAGUAAAAUUUACGUCGUUGGCGGAUUUGAUGUGCGAAAAAGUAGCCUCAAAUCAGCAGAAGUGUUUGAUCCAGUGGUAAAUACUUGGAGUUUUAUUGCUCCGAUGAAUUAUCCACACCGUGAUUUUGGUGUAGGAGUCACUCACGAUAUGAUGUUUGUCUUUGGAGGUUCAGGCACAAAUUGUAUUGAGAGUUACGAUAGAAAUACUGAUGAUUGGAAUGUGGUUGGGAGUCUGGCGACGAGGUGGAAUACUUUCCGUUGCGUACUGUGCCCUUUAUUUCAAUUUUAAAGAAAAAAGUUAAAUUCUAACCAUUAUUAUCGUGCUAGUUAAAAUCAUGAAAAAACUUUUCUUUUUUUUUUACCGUGGACUGGAAAAGCAUUUUUUCAACAUUUGCCUGACAAGCCAUUUUUUCAAGUCGAAGUUUGAAGAUUCCUUCGCCCAUGUGGCCUGUAAAAACGAGUGUUAAUUCUAACUAUAGUUGGUUAAAAAUCUAAGGUACUUACGGCCCUGUCUUGAAACUGUCGAACUUUGAAUACUGAAUAUUGAAGUUUUUCCUUUGAGGUUGCAAUGUUUUCUCCUGCGAGAAGCUACUGAAGUCCAACUACCCUGCAAAAAGCGAUGCCGAAAGCAUCAUUUGUCAUGUGAUGGCGCAAUUAAGUUUAUGUCACACUGAUAGUGUUCUGUGCACUUUAAUAACAAAAAAGCGAGUCCUGGAAACUGUUCGUAUAGCGGACUCAAACUUGUGUAUCUACGAAAUUAUUAUCGUUUCAUUUCU